CCCGCAGCAUGGUCUCAUCCACUGGCGUAUGAGCAAUAAGCACGACCACUCACUCACUCACUCCCUCGCUCACCAACAAAUACCUCCGGCCUGCCUGUCUGUCUAUCUAUCUGCCCCUCAAACACCACACCAUAACCCCUUAAGUGUAAUCAUCCGCUAGCUAUCUGAGAUGGUUUUGCAGGCAUAUGCCCAGCGCACAGAAAGGGCAUUCAUCCGACUUCACCCACCCGUCCCCCUCAUCGCGCCUCUCACUGGUCCUCGAAGACGACCCCCUCGCUCUCACACACACACGCCCUCUCUCUCUCUCUUCCCGACCCCCAGACUGCUCAGACGGAUAUGUGAGGGACCGCUCGCGAGACAACUGCAGCGGGGAAGGGGCCCUGGCCUGACGCGCCGACGCUCUGCGGGCUGAGCGCUGUUGCGCUGUCGCGGUGGAGGUGCUGGUUCGGUAUCCCUCGUGCAGCGACCCCUCCGACGAGGCGCUCGCCGAUGUCUCGGAUGACGCGUCACUGAGGUUUGUCGCUCGUGGCUGUUGGCGUGGCUGCUCCCUGGUCUUGCUUGUGCGAGAGGGCGAGGUGGGCCGGUGGGUUGGCGAGGGCGGGCCACCUGCGGUGCUGGGUGAUGCUUGUGCGGUCAAGAGUGUGGUGCGAUUGAGGUUGUCGCUGCCAACGAACUCGAAGGGCACGUCCAUAACGUCAAACCAUCCCUGCAUGAGGGGCGUCACGAAAGUCGUCUGCAGCCGCCGGAACGCCCCCAUGCCCCGCUGCCAUAUCGACGACUGCUCCUCCCGCCCGGCAGACAAUGACGAGGCGUCGCUGGCAGCCGACUGGCUUGCCGGCACGUGCAACUGCUGCUGGUGGUGGUGCUGGUCUUGGCGGUCUUUUGUUGAUGGCCUGGCCUCCUGGAUGCGUGUGGUGGGUGAAGAAUGGUGGAGGGACGGCCGCUGCGGCUCCUGAGAUUGGACGGGCCGGGGCUGCCUUGCCGGUGUCCCCUUCUUUCGUCUGGCCCUGGGUGGGCUGGCAGGUGUGUGGGAGGGUGGCGUGUCGAGGGCUGACACAGGCAGGUGGAUGUGGUGGACGAGAGACCGCCGCUGCAUGUCCUGAUGUCAUGAUGCCCACAUCACAGACACACAAGACAGUAAGGCAUCUGCUGGUCAAGUGCUGAUUGACUCACCCUGACAGUGCGUAUUCGGUAUGAGGUGAGCCAGAACAUGCCGAUGACCGUAAAGCUGCCGCCCACGAACAGCAGGGCGUUCAGACCCGCCAGGAACCGCAGAAACGAGUGACGCCGGAUCAGCAAGUGCAGCUCGUGCAACACCUCAAACCAGUCGAUGACGGUCGUCUGGUUGGGCUGGUGCAGAGAGCCGUCAACCACCGUCGCCAGCCCUCCCCUCUCACGCCUGCCGCUGGUCGUCAGCCCAAGUAACGGCCGAUGCUGGUGAAUGGCAGCCGAGCCUCGCAGCACACGAGUGGGCCCACUGCUGCCCGAUUCCUCCCAGCAGCUGCCCAUCUCGGUUGGGCUGGUGGGUGGUGUCGACGGGGGCAUGGCGGCCGAUAGACGGACACCGACACCGACAUCGGCGUUGGCGGCCUUCAUGGAUGGAAUGUGCACGAAGGAGAGGAGAAAGAACGCAGUGCUGCAGAGGAAGAGGAUGUACAGGGCGAUGUAGAGGUUCCAUGUCCACGCGCUCCACCACCGCACGGCCAGACGAAAACGCGGCGAGAAAAACACCCACCACUGAACACACACGCACACACGCACACACGGGCGCAGGACUCAAAUCUGUAUGAGUGCAAUCAAUGCGAUGAACGACUCUCCUGAUUUGUGGAUAGCUGACCAGGACGCUAAUGACGGCACAGAAGCCGAGUAUGGGCACCUCCGGCAUCUUCCACCUGCCCUCGUGCCGUCCAUCCGCCCCCAGGUUCUCCACCAUGGCCACGAGCAUAGUGAAAAGGGCAAAGAGGGGCAGCCAGAUGAGCAUCAGCCGCAGCAGCAGCCAGUGCCGGUCCCGCCACGUCUCCUUGCACAGCUCAUAGGGGCAGGUGGGAAACCGGUCCGUCACCUGGAACGGCGUCUGGCACGCCUCACACGCGGGCGCGUGACGUUGGCACCGAGCCCGCACCUCAGAGGUGUGGCACGCCCGCUCGGCGCAGUGUCUGUGGACCAUCAUGGCGUCGCCGCACCGUGAGCAGGGUGCUAUCCAUGAGGGCAGCGACUGGUUGGGGUGCAUCGAGCCCGAGAAGGUCAGAUGGAGGGACAAAGGCGAGCCGUAGAGGGUGACGUCAUGGCAGAUGUCGAGCAGCGGGGGGCUGCACAGCCGGCAGGUCCGCAGCAGCUGCAAAGGCGGCACACAGGUCUGUCCCACUGUGUUGAUGUAGCUGACAGACAGACAGGCAGACAGACAGACAGGCAGACAGGCAAGCAGCAAGAGAAGAGAUGCAUGCAGCGCGACACGCAUGCGUCCCUUGGCCAUUCCCUCCCUCCCUCCCUCCCUCCCUCACCUGGCCAUCUUCCACGGCCUAUCGGCCUUAGGCACGCACAGUGCGGCCGAGGAUCCCUUCCUCCCGCCCUUGCGAGACCUCAAGAACCGCGCCACUGACAGGGCCGUGGGCUUGACCCUUUCGGCCACUUCGGUGCCGUCCAUCAGGCCACACCGCGCUGCCCACUUGUGGGCAAAGAAGGCCUUCCAGAACGCGUCGGUGUCAUGCUGCUUGAGCCCUGAUGGAUGGAAUUACACAACACAAACACCCACACACGAGAAUCCAUCAUCAAAUGCACAUCAGCUGUCAGUGAGCAGUCGUGUUGCGUCCGUCAGUCAUGUGUCGUGUCACCUUUGGACAGUCGCAGCAGGAUGAGCAUGUCCCUGAAGCGCAGGAAGGAGCCCAGCAAGGUGAGGAGGUCGAUGCUCUCGAAGAACUUGAGGUGGUGGUUCUCUUGCAUCAUCUUCUACCGCAGACAGACUGAUGAGGGAGGCAACCCACUACUGCAUCCGUCAAGGCAGCUAGGGCCAUCAGACAUCGCGAGGCCUCCC